AUGUCUUCAAAAGGAAUACCGACCCAUAAAAUCCGUAGUAUUAUGCAAAAGGCGGGUUCCUAUCGCAUGAAUGUUGCUGAAAUAUUUGAGGCAAAUAUUUGCCACAUCAUUGACAAUAUCUGUUCCAGCAGUCAGAUGCCUCGUGAAUAUUUGAUCACUAUGUUAUUACCUGCUAUUGGUCACUGUGUCGAUGGCAGUCAAAUAUAUAGCAACACUGGUACCGCAACGAAUAUUUCCUUUUUUACCACAAUUAUCGGAUAUCCAAGCGUUAAUAAAUCGAGUGCAACAGAAGCUAUUCUCAAAGCAUUAAUCAUCAUAGAAAAAUACAUUGGUCUUAAAUCAGAAGAAAGCCGAAUUAACUGUAGUGCAACGGUUGAAUCUCUUUUGACUGAAUUAAAAAAUACAUCACCUAGAUUAAUACAAAUAUGGGAUGAAGCAAGUACUCUCUUUCAAUCGUUCGGUUUAUACAAGCAGGGAGGAGCUGCUUAUGAUCGAUCAAUUAUGUGUACUCUAUACAAUUCAUCUUCAGUCGUUAAACGUCAAACAAAAUCAGGAAAUAUUGUGGUAGAAAACCCAGUACUCAAUAUUGCUGCAGCUGCACAUCCAGGUGACAUAUUUUCGUCUGUAUCUACUGACACAGAUGAGGAUGGGCUUAUGGCUCGAUUCCUUUUUUCUGCUCCUGAACCGUAUAUCCCAUUGUCACGCGAGAUUACAAAUCUUAAUAUUGAUGAACCAAACCUUGCUCACUUGCUAUACAUUAUACACUGUUUCAAUACAAUGGAUCAAACUGAUUUCCGACGAACAACAGAUGUUGAUGACAACCGUCCAGUUAAUGAAACCUUGGACGAAAUGAAAGAGAGACUGCAGAAAAAAAUAGAAGAACAAGAAGAACACGAGAAAAAUCAAGAAAUUCUAGCGGAGUCUCGUCGUUCAAAGGCAUCAAAAUUGGCAACAAAUAAAAGUGAUGGAAAUGAGCAACGAUAUCCUGAAAAGGUUAUUUUACUUGCGAAAGGAUCAAAAAUACCAUGGACCAACAUAAUUACCAAUCACGGAGGUUUCAAAUCGCAAUCUUUGCGCACGGCUGUACAGAAACUGGAGAGUGAAGGACUCGGCAAAUUAUCCAAAGAAAAACUAAAUGGUGCUCAUAAAGCAACAACAUACUUUACAAAAAUUCGAGUUGAUCCGAAUUGGGAUUCAAAAACAGUUGCUAAUUUUAGCAAUGACUUAGCAAAAUACAAUGUUUCCCUCCAAAAAUAUCAAUUAUCCUUUGGAAGUCAAGAGAGUGCUGCCAAUACAGAAACUGAAUCUGAUGCUGACACAGACCUAGACGAAAACAGUAUGGAUCUUUCACCCGCUGUUGAUGAUAUUGUAAUAUCACCGCCACCACGUACUCUACCACCACGUUUUCCUGUUACUACAGCAACUGCUUCAGGAUACAUAAAUAUGGGAUUUUUAACGCCACCACCACCACCACGUAGUGGUAAAGCUGCUCAAAUAUCUAGAACACAAGCAUCUUCCACUGAUACAACACCCGAGAACGUAGCACCACAACCAUAUCCUCAGUCAAUCCUGUUGCAGAAUAAGAAAAAGAAUCGUAUCGAACCGAUCGAGUUACCGAAAUCUCCAUUUAAAUCUCCACUGAAAAAUAUCCCGCUACAAUCUCAAGAAUAUCCAUAUAAAAAUACAUAA